AUGCGGGUUCAGGGCUCGAUCGGGCGAUCGACGUUCCUGGCGACGCACACACUGGCACCCGGAGGCGAGAGCUACCAGCCGGCAGCGUACACCACCGAUCUGGCAGACUCGUCGCCGUACGUGUACGUGCGGGGUGACAAGGUCGGGCCGCGGCGGGCUGGCCCACGGCCGGGCUCGUCGUCGCGAGCAAGGGUCCUGUCAAAGGCCGGGUCGGUUAGCAGCUCGCCGUCUGCCCGUGUCGACCGCAAGACAGGCCACGGCAACGCGGUGACGCGGAUGCGGCGCAAGAUUGCGGAGGAGCGUGUCCGCGAGCGGAUGGCGGUCUCGCACACCCGCGAGAGAAUGGAGGACCGCGCGGCGCGGCUGGCGAGAGUCAAGGCGCGGGUGGCGGCAGCGGCUCCGGCGUCGCCGGCCUCCCGAGCCUCCCGCUCGCGGUCGCACACGCCCGACCGCUCGUCGCCGCGGUCGGGUCGGUCGCACGCCUCGCCACACACUCCGACCGAGGACGAGCGCGCUGGCCACGUGCUCGCGCAAAUGCGGAUGCGGCGGCGCGAGCUUGAGGCUGCCAAGCGUGCGCAGCGCAACUCGCGCAAGGCUGAACGUGAGGCGCUCAUCCGCACGCUGUACAAGCAGAAGCGACGGGCUGACAUUCGGCGGAGGCUCAACACGCCGCGGUCGUACAUGGAGAGUCACCGUGGCGGCGUCGACCCCAUUGCCGACGAGCUUGCUCGGCUCGCCGAGCGCAUGGAGGCUGACGACGAGGACCUUGAGGCCGAGGCUGCCGAAACGAUCGCGCCUCCGCCGGCCUCGUUCAAGGCCCUCCACUUUCAGGCCGACGCCACGGGCCGGAUCACUGUCACGCCGUACGAGGACUUUGAGGAUGAGCUGCUCGACCUCGACAACAUUGACUCGAUUCCUGACGCCACGUACCACACCGGCGAUGACCUCUCGCUCCUCUCCGAGAUGGACGACGGCGAGUUUGACUCGGAUGAGAUCCUCGGCUUGCUCGAGGCCGACGACCCCGCCGGUCGACCGGGCGCGGGUCCCGACACGCCCGCCGGCGCGCGCCCACGGUUUGUGCCCGCCACCGAGGUUCGCAAGCGCCAGGGCAGCACGGCGGUGGCAGAGCUUGCGUUGCUGCCGUGGCGCGAAGCGUUUGAGGACGACUUGGUUUGGAUGGCGAACCACCCGCCGCAGCCGAAGCGCGUCGUCGACCUCCUCGAUGCCGCCGGCUGCGUCCUUGGGCUCGGCAACGGCGCCGGCCUGUUGGCUGAUCCCGAGGCCGGCGCCGCCGCUGUGGCGCGGCUGCUGGACCUCCCGCACUCGGUUGACUUUGUAGCCAUGGAGGCCAUCCAGGACUUUAUCGACAACCCCUACUACGUCGAGUACUCUUUCCGCGACGAUCCACCGACCGCUGGCUUCCUCUGUGGCGUUCUGCGGGCGCUCGACAAGUUCUACGUCCCCGCGCCACGGUCGUCGCUCGACGCGUUGGCGCUCGCCUCGCUGCCGCCAGCCGAUCAAGACAUGGCGACGGCGGCGGCGGCCAACGAAGGCGACAAUGUGGCGAGCGCGGCGGUGAGCCGACUCGUCGACGACCUUGGCCACUACGAGUGGAUCAAGGCGUACGACCCGGUCUACCGCGCGCCUUACUACGUCCACGCCUCAUCUCACAUGGCAUCGUGGGCGCCGCCGCCCGAGUCAGACUCGGUCUGCGAGCUGCACGUCUUCCCGGAGCGCUCCGUCGCCCGGGCCCCGCCACCGACCGAGCAAGCGGUUGUCGUCCAGGUCACGGUCCUUGAGGCACAGGAGCUGGAGCAGACGACCGCGUACGGCUCGUGCUCGGCAUUUGUGGCGGUCGAAGUCGAUGGGGUGAAGAACGUGGCGACGACCGCGGUCGUGCACGACUCGGUCGACCCGGUGUUCAAGGAGACGUUUGAGUUUGGCCCAUUCGAGCCCUCCGCCUCUGCCGCCAUCCGCUUUACCGCGCGGCAGGCCGAGCCUGGCGUGGCACCGGGUGCAUCGGUUGUUCUCUUUGAGGCCUCGCUCACCCUGGCAGACGUGCUCGACAAGACCGUGGUCUGGCUCCGCAACGACAUCGACGGCGUGGCCGGUGUCCUCGCCGUCGUCGCCCAGCGAGUCGACGCGUCGGCCGCCAAGGUAGAAGCGGCGCAAUUGCCCGCCGAGUCGGACGUGGACGGCUCGAUCAGACUCGGCGAGCUCGAAGUUGACGAUGCCGAGCUCGAUGCCGCGCUUGCUGAUGUGGAGCUGGAGUCUGGCGACGACGGGCUGGCAGAUGCAGAUCUCGGGCUCGACGACCUGGUGCUCGACGACGACGAGCUGGGCCCUACUGCGCCGCUCGGGCUUGACGACAUCGACUCGGACGACAUUGACCUCGGCCUGGACGAUGUGGUGCUUGACGACGACGACAUCGGGCUUGGCGACGAAGACCUGGGGCUUGAUGAUGUCGUGCUGGACGACGACGAUCUUAUGGACGGCGGCGCCGGCGUUGACAUCGACUUUCAGCUCUCAUCCGAGUCUGCGCCGCCGCUCGGCAUUUCAGCCUCGGACUCACCAGCGCGGGAACGACCAGUUUGA